AUGGACGCCCACUGCCUCGUACGCCGCCGCCUGCACCCGCCGCCGCACCUUCUCCCGCCACUCCAGCGUCCGCCUCCCAUUCGCAGAUGCCGGCGCGGCGGCUUCACCACCGCCGUCGCCUGCCGCUCCACCGCGGCAAACGACCACCAGGAGCGGCCGUGGGAGUCCUACGACCGCGACAUCCAGCCGCACGCGGGCUCCGACCUCGCGCGCUCCCUCCGCCUCCUCGCGGACAUGCAGGCGGCGGGGAAGCGCGCCAGCGCCGCCGCCUACGCGCGCCUCAUCCGCGCUCUAUCCCUUGCCGGCCGCACGCUCGAGGCCGAGGCGCUCCUCCUCGAGCUGCGCCACCUCGGACCCCCCCUCCCCAACACCGCGCACUACAACGCGCUCCUCGAGGGCCUCCUGGCCCGGGCGCACCUCCGCCUCGCCGACCGCCUGCUCCUCCAGAUGGCCGACGACGGGGUGCCGCGGAACCGCCGCACCUACACGCUCCUCCUCGACGCCUACGCGCGGGCCGGCCGCCUCGAGGACUCGUGGUGGGUGCUCGGCGAGAUGAGGCGGCGGGGCGUCCGGCUCGGCACCGCCGGGUACAGCGCGCUGGUGCGGCUCUACCGGGACAACGGCAUGUGGAAGAAGGCCACCGACCUCGUCCUGGAGAUGCAGGAGGUCGGCGUGGAGCUCGACGUCAGGAUCUACAACGGCCUCAUCGACACCUUCGGCAAGUACGGGCAGCUGGCCGACGCGCGCAGGGUGUUCGAGAAAAUGCGCGCCGAGGGGAUCAAGCCGGAUAUUGCUACCUGGAACGCUCUGAUCCGGUGGCACUGCCGGGUCGGGAACAUGAAGCGUGCGCUGCGGUAUUUCGCGGCGAUGCAGGAGGAAGGGAUGUACCCUGACCCGAAGAUCUUUGUCACGAUCAUCAGCAGGCUGGGGGAGCAAGGCAAGUGGGAUGAGCUCAAGAGGCUGUUUGAUAAAAUGAGGAACCGAGGGUUCAAGGACAGUGGUGCGGUGUAUGCGGUUUUGGUCGACAUUUACGGGCAGUAUGGCCUUUUUCGUGAUGCCCGCGAGUGUGUAGCUGCUCUGAAAGCUGAAAAACUGCAGCUUACUCCUAGCAUCUUCUGUGUCCUGGCAAAUGCUUAUGCUCAACAGGGUUUGUGUGAACAAACUGUAUGUGUUCUUCAGUUAAUGGAGGCAGAAGGAAUAGAGCCGAACCUUGUUAUGCUGAAUUUGUUAAUAAAUGCUUUCAGUACUGCUGGAAGGCAUUUGGAGGCACGGGCUGUAUUCCAGCAUAUCAAGGACAGUGGUAUGAGCCCAGAUGUUGUGACUUACACUACACUUAUGAAGGCUUUCAUGAGAGUAAAAAGAUUUGAAAAGGUUUUGGAAGUAUAUAAUGAAAUGGAGCGUGCUGGUUGUACCCCUGAUAGAAAAGCUAGAGAAAUGUUGCAUGAUGCCACUGUUACAGUGGAACAAAUGAGAUAUUACUGA